GGAAUUCUGAUAGAGGGACCGAAGUGUUGGUUGAGAGUAUCAUGUGCGCAACUGGAAAUUACAGCGUAACUAGUCCAUCUAGGAUACUUACAAAUUGCCAUGCGGAUAAUAUUCGCUCAUAAUUUUUGGAAUAAGGAUACUCUCAAACAUAAUAACAGGGAGGAACAGGGGGAAAUCUCAGCUGCUACUGUUUAACCUGCAGCCAUACGAGCCUCCCAGCAUGUUUUCCACACUGCUCUGUGUCCUGUGUCUGAUACUGACAGUUAGACCCAGUUUGUCUCAAGAUGAUUCCCCACUUCGUGUCCCUCAACAGAUCAGCCUAGAAAAAGACUUUGACGCUCAGAGGCUGUCUGUCACAUGGCAGUGUAACCUUGGAUCUGUCUUCGACAUUGAGAUCUACCGCACAGAGUUCAUGGACAUUGUUUUUAAUGAGACGGUGGAGCUGAGCGGUGAGAAAAGCGCAGGCGAAUGCCACUGGAACUGGACCUCGGCGGUGCCUCUAGAGUGCACCUCUCUCUCAGUCCAGAUCCGCUCCCGAGACCGGCUCCGCGUCAGCGACUGGAGCCCUUUACAAACCACUGAGGGGGAUGACCUCCCGGACAACACAGGGGCCAAGGUGUACCCAGUGGACAAGGUCGUCCUAGCUGGGAGCAGUACCACUUUCUGCUGUAUUCUGGGUGAGGGGCAGGUCCUGGAGGACAUCCGUUACAUGAGGAGCAUCAUGAAGGAGGUCCGGUUGAGCCGGAGGACCUACGCCGUCACUCAGACCCACCAGCCACCUUCCAACGCCUCCGGGACAAACGUCUUCUGCCGAGCCACCGAUGCCUCCAUGAAGACCACUGUGCAGGGAGCUGUCAUAUUUGUCGGAUACCCCCCAGCUGAUGAGGAGCUGCUGUGUGAGACCCAGGACCUGGUGUCUGCCAUAUGCCAGUGGAAGGAGGGCCGCUAUACUCACCUGAGGGGCAAACUACGACGCACACGCUACACCCUGAACGGAAGAACCUGUGAAGUCUCUGUGAAGAAUGGCAGGAGAUGUCUCUGGGAACAGUGGGAGGGUAACUGGACCCUCGUGGCCAAAAACCCCUUAGGAAAGAAAGAGAUCCAAGACUCCGCACCACUCAGCCACAGAGUACACCCUGUGGCUCCUAAGGAUUUGACAGUCUUGGUGAAAAAUUCUCGGAAUGCCACUUUACAGUGGUCUUGGCAAUAUCCAGGAUACAAGGCAUUCCCCUUGAUAUGCCAGGUCAAUGUUGCUUCUAAUGGAGUCUCAGUCACACGUAAUUACUCUGGAGCUGGACUUUCCCUGGUCCUGCUGGAGGACCUGUGGCCCUAUGAGACCUACAGGGUUCGAGUCCGCUGCGGAGCGGAAAACAACUUCUGGAUGUGGGGCGACUGGAGCUUGGAGAGCAGCUUCCGGACCAAAAUGGACAGGCCAGAGAUGCCAGAUAUGUGGAUAUGGAUGGAAAGUGACAAUUCCGGCCAAAUCCUCUGGAAACCUCUGUCCAAGAGAGAGAGCAACGGAGACCUCACAGGCUAUGAGAUCACUCAGGGAAGUGCGUCGGGUGAUGGAACACAGCGCCUGGACGUUCCAGUGAGCCAGCUGAGUGUUCCGCUCGGCCUGCAGGGCAACACCAGUGAACCGGUCGUCACGCUCCUCGCCCGCAACUCGGAAUGGACUUCUGGUACCUCACAGCUCAUGGUCCCCAAAUACUGGGCAGAUGUAGAUGUGACGGGCUCCGAGAUUGCCAGCCGAGAUGGCGGUUUCGACAUGUCCUGGCCUGCCUCCGCCAACGCCAGUCGCGGGUAUGUGGUGGAAUGGUUCAACACCUCCUGCGGUCAGUACUGCAGCGUGGACUGGCUGAAAGUCCCGGACGCGAACACGAGCGCAAGGAUCGAGUCAAGUGGAUUACAGGCAGGAGUGAGAUACACCAUCUCUGUGUACGCCCUCUCCGACGAAGCCCCAGAGUUGUUCGAGAGAAGGCACGGCUACCUCGAGGAGAUGGUUCCAGCCGAGCCUGUUCCAUUCCUGGAGGCAAGUCAGUACGAAUCCACUGUGCUGCUCACCUGGCAAGAGAUUCCGCUACACAGCCAGAGGGGAUUUGUUCGGGGAUACAAUGUUUAUCUUGCCAAUGUCACGAAAAACACCCUCUUAGCCAAGAUUACAGAUCCCAGUGUGAAGAACUGCACUAUAAAGAAGCUUGACCUUGGCACGUACAAGUUCACUGUCAGGGCCUACACCGCAGCGGGAGAGGACGGCGGCUCCACGGUCUCCAUUAUGUUGGAGCCUUACACUGACCUCCUCCUGUUUGAGAUACUUAUCUCUCUGGCAGCCAUGAGUGUUUUCUUCAUCCUGGUUACCGCUUUGUGCUACAGGAAAAGACAAUGGGUGAAGAAGGCCUUCUACCCAGAAAUACCUGAGCCCAAGCUUCCAGGGCAGUGGCGCACAUCUCAGGCCACACUGGACGUGAAGCCCUCUCCUCACAGCAUGGUGCACAUUGUGGAGAACCCCCAGUGGGACUCCAGCAAGGAGGGGCUGGUGCCCGUGUCCGAGGAGGACGAGGACGGCGACGAUUCGGGCAGCGAGCCCACCGACACGGACUCGGACGAGCCGGGCCUGCUCCGCUACUACAACCAGGUGGUGGGCGACAGCGGCCAGGCCCUGCGCCUCCCCAUCGACUCCUCGUCCAGCUCCGUGGGCUCGGCCGACACCGACGUCACCUACACGGGUAUCCAGACGUCCCCGGGGCCCCUGGACGCCCCGCCUCAGGUGGAAGCUCUGGCCGCUGGGGGGUACCGUCCCCAGGGCCAGGUAGUGCAGCAGCAGCAGCAGCAGCAGCAGGUGGAUCGGUCAGAUGCCGAAGCCGGAGCUCCUGCGUCAGCCUCGUUCGGAGGCUACAAGCCCCAGUGCACCUGGAGGCCGGACUCCCCAGAUGGGAACGCCAUUGACGGCUCAGUGGGCAGCCCCACGUCGGUCAACUCCUCGCAGUUUCUGAUCCCUGACGUCUCGUCGGAGGACCCCAGGAACACCGUGUCCUCGACCACGUGGAUCCCAAGCUUUCUGUCGAGCAAGCCCUGAAGCCAGCUCUGGUUUUCCAAAAAGUGGUUCUGACCCCAAAGACUGAAGGGCUGUUCCAUUGAGCUUGUUUGGAAGUUUGACAUUCACCUAAGCAUGUACUAACACUAAUCAAAUUAUGUCUGAUCCAUACACUACUCACAGAUAUGUUUUUUUUUCUGAGCAGCUCAAUGAGAAUAUACCUGUACUACUGACAAGACAAGGACAUUGUGGACGUUAAGAGGAGUAAGACUUGAGUAGAGACUUGUCUGAUCCUCUUAAACAUGCUAAGUGUUAAAUAUUGAUGUUAAGCAAGUAUUAUUUAGUGUUGUUUGUGUCAUAUAUGUGUAUAGUAACCUUUGUGUGUGUGUGUGUGUGUGCGUGUGUGUGUGCGUGUGUGUGUGUCUAUGAUGGUUUGUCAAUGAGAGUCCAUGUUCAUAUUUUUAAUAAGCUGACAAAAACACUACAGAUAUUUUGGACAAUAGAAGUAUAUAUGCUACGAGAUGUAAACACACCACACUUGAACACAUUUUUGUGUUCUUCAGUAAUUUUCUAACAGUCAAACUCUUACUGGAGCGUACCGUUCAACACCUUAUCUCACAUUAUGCCUUUAAUUGUUAUGCUGCCAACAAAAUGCACUUUUCGUUUUCCUUUUGUGUUGUACCAGUCAAACAAAAAACAAUCCUCUUUGUGGAUUCUGCUGGUCUAAAGAAAGGGAUUGUUUUUUAGGAAGACAAAACUUCCAAAGACAGAUAGGUCCAAAGAUUGUACUAAAAAAUGUAGUACAGAUUGUGCUACAACAAAAUCAAGUUAUUGAUGAGGUCCCAGUUUAUUCAAGAUGAGGUAAAAUCCUACAUUGUAGACACAUGUUCUUUGUGGCUGUGUGUGUGUUGUUGCCUUGUGAACAUUGUGCAAUCUGCAGUGCUAAGGUUUUUUUUUUUAAGGAUGUUUUUUUUUUCUUUUGAUAGAUUGCAGCGUUGUGUCAGACUCAACGCUGUGGUUAGCUUGAGUGUGUUAGGCAACACUAAUGGUGCAGGCGGUCAGGGCAGAUAAGGCUGUUUUGAAAGACUACUGUGAAGAUACUCUUCAUGAUAUAUAGCAGGACAUUUUUUUUCCUUAACUGCUGUUCAGGUUAUACUGGAGUCACUACGAAAAUGCAGUUGUCAUUUCUCAGGUUAAGGAAUGGGAUGACUUGCAUAAAGUUGCCUCGAGUGUGAAGCAUAAAGUAUAAUAACAAAAGACACAGGGGCAUCAUGUAACUAGAGCAUAUAUUAUAGAGUGUGUUUAGAAAUUACUAUUGUUCUAAGCCUGUUGUGUUGAGGCUGUAAGUGCUACUGUGACUUUCUUUACAUAUUAAGAGGAUAUCUGUGCAGUAGGCAGUGACAGUGUUAUUACUAUUAGUGUGUGUUUGAGUGAGUGUGAGUGUGAGUGUGAGUGUGAGUGUGAGUGUGAGUGUGGUGUGUGUGUGUGUGUGUGUGUGUGUGUGUGUGUGUGUGUGUGUGUGUGUGUGUGUGUGUGUGUGUGUGUGUGUGUGUGUGUGUGAGUGAGUGAGAGAGAGAGAGAGAGCGAAAGAGUCAGGUAUAUUGCUUUUAAACUGUGAAAUGGGGGUCAGAGGUGCAGAAAGCUGUUUAUUUUUUGCAGGCACGAGAUGCAUCAGUGCAUCAGUAGACAGUGAAGUCUACAUUUACGAUUGCAAACGCGGGAGAAGAUAUAGUUCUUGGAUUAAAAAGGAAGCAUCAGUAGAUGUGAUGGUGCACAUUGACAAAAAGAACAAAAACUUGCCAGUAGCUGUCAUCUUGAUGACAUUUUUCUGCAUUCUUUGCUGCUUUACAUGCAUGCAACGCAGAUGUAACUAACACUAACUGUAAUUAAUUGCUUCUGUGUGGUUUAGUAUUUAUAUCAACUGUUAAACUAAUAACUGACAGCUUGUGCAUGAUAUUAUGACUACAAUAAAGCUAUCAUAAACUAUAUAACCAUUAAAACACUGAAUACCCCUCUGAA